GAGCCAAAUAGAGAGCCAUACUUGAAUCUAUGUUUAUAUUGUUAUUUUUGAGUGAUUGAUUUGUGUAUGUCAGUGUGCACCGUUUGCAGGUGGUGAAAAGUUCCCACGCAGGCCUAUAAGGGGCAGGAGUGCGCUGGGCGCGUGAUUGACAGUCGGGCACCAGCAUACCGUCUUUGACCUCACCUGUCUGUAGACCUCACCUGUCUGUAGACCUCAGCUUUAUAUAAGCUACCAUUUAUUUUGUUUCCCGACUAUUCUGUUACUUGAUUAUUGUAAAUAAAACAAUCUUCAAUUGCGCUGCUGGAUCAGUUUGAAUUAGUGGAUGGAAAGCGGGAAAAGGAAGAAUACGUGACAAGGAAGGCUGUGUAUGGUGUGAGUCAGACAAGAUGCCCGAGCCACAAGUGGAACAAACAUUUGAAACAAAGGGGUUAUAGGAACAAUCACUUUCAGUGUUUUAUGCCACUUCAAGUUGUCAAAGACGUGCUGUGGAAGUACAGCCGACAGGAUUGCGCACCAAGCAGGAAGCAAGGCCAAAGCGCAUGGUGCAGGAACAAAGGACUUCUUUCAUUAAGGUUUGUGAUAAACCAUCAAACUCAUUCGUUAAAAGGGCUCUAUAUUAAUAUCAAGUGAGUUUUUAUGGACAUUAUCAUGCAAGAAAUGUUUAUUUUUGGGACCGCGAUCACCGCGUAAUGAUUUUUAAAAGUUACAUUACAAACAUUUGGUGACGGGCUUGCGCGCGCGCGCCCGACGGCCCGUGAACGGACAUUUAAUUCCCAAAAAGGAUAAAGACUAUUUUUGGACCCUUUUUAUAUUCACUUGGAAGUGUAAACAUUUUUUGAUGUACCAAGUGAAGGAUUUUUGUUGAUUAAAAGAGGAAAAUGUCAACUAAUAAUUCAACCGAAGGAGGGGAAAUGACGACUAUUGCGCAGGAGGCUUCUCGUGUGCGCGCCGCCAGAAUAGGCAAAAUGUCACACAUAACAAGGCGAAUGAACAUUGUGCGCAAUUUGAUGGUGGAUGCAGAGGCUUUAAAAGAAGUGAAAAUAAAUAUGAGCAAGUUUAAUGAGUUCUUAAUGGAGUUUAAAUCUCUGCACAGAUCAUAUUCUGAAGGUUUAGAGCCAGACGAGCGAAGGGCUGAUGACCAAACAUGGUAUCAGCCUAAAAUUGCUCUAAUAGAUGCCUUUGAAGCUGAGGUGUCCCGAUGGAUAUCAGAUCUUGAAAACCCCUCAACCCACACCUGUGCUCCUCCACCCGACGACAUUGAUAUAUUUAAAGACAGUGAUUUAAUAACUGGUAAUUUUAAGGACAAUUUAGAGGAAGCGGACAGCCUAUAUAGGCAUGAACUAACUGGUCACCCAGGCAUAGUGUCAACCAGGGAGGCAUCAGUCAAGUCCUACAGUUCAGGACAGUCAUCCAAUAAUUCCUCUUCAUCAUUGCGGAUUAGAGCGGAGGCGGAAAAGGUUGCUUUGACAGCCAGGGCGGCAAGGUUGCAGGAAAAGUAUAAUAUUGAAGAACAGGAGUUAAUGUGCAGGAAAAAAAGAGAGGCUUUGGAGUUAAAAACAGAAAUAGAGGCGGCUAAUGCUAAAAUUAACUACUUGAGGGAAGUAGAAGGUUUAGAGGUGCAUGGUGCAGAUCAGAGAGCAGCGGUUACAGGGGUAGCAUUUGAUCCAUCAAGGUGUGGUUCACCUGUGGGAAGCCCAGUGGUUAGGCCCAAGGAAGGAGUUCAGAUGCAGUUCCCCACUACUCUGUUCAAUGCAUCUAUACCCCAAGCUGUGCCUGCCAGCUUCCAACCUCAGCAGGCCCCAACUCAACCGCAGCAGGUCCCAGUUGUACCUCUGCAGGCCCCUUGUCAGCCUGCCGGUCUCUAUCCCCAGCAGGCCCCUGUUCACCAAGCUGUGCCUGCCAGUUUCCAGUUCCAAACUCAACAAGCCACCCCCAGCUCAACACAGAACAAUCAGCUGAUCAAAAUUCUGGAAGCCCAAAAUGAACUGACUAAGAUUCUUGUGAAACAGCAGCUUCUGUCCACCCUCCCACAAGGAAGUGUUCCCUUCUUUGAUGGAAAAAUCUUGGAGUACAAGUCAUUCAUCCAUUCCUUUGAACACAUGGUCGAAAGUAAAACGGACAAUGACAGGGACAGGUUGCAGUUUCUCAUCCAGUACACAAAGGGCCAUGCUCAAAAGCUAAUCAAAAGUUGUGAAUAUAUGUCACCAGACAGAGGCUACCAGAAAGCCAAAAGGUUAUUAAAAGAGAACUUUGGUCAUGACUUUAAAAUUGCCUGUGCUUACCUAGAUAAGGUCCAGACCUGGCCUCAAAUUAAGGCAGAGGAUUCCAAAUCCUUGCAGGAGUACGCCAUGUUCCUCAGGAGCUGCUGUAAUGCCAUGGAGGAGACGGAGUACAUGGACGAACUGGACACAGUGGCCAAUAUGAGAAACAUUGCGUUUAAGUUGCCCUUCAAGCUGAAGGAGAAAUGGCGCAACAAAGCUUAUGAGCAGCAGGAAGAGCACAACCACAGGGUAAGGGUUUUAGACCUGGUUAGCUUUAUAGAAAAGCAAGCUCGUGUGGCAGCCCAUCCAGUCUUUGGAGAGCUAAGGGUACAGGAGCAGUCAGCCAUAGGAAAGGCUAACGCUAGACCCUCUGUAAAUCCACAACACUCAAAGUCAGCUGGUAGUAGUUUUGCCACGAGUAUUACUAUUAGCCCAAUGGAAUCCAAGCCAGAGUCUGACUCAGAGCCCAUUUGUCUAAUUUGUAAAAACAAACACCCGCUAGAGUUGUGUAGAUGGUUCAUUAAGAAGAAGCACAGAGACAAGCUUAGUUUCCUAAAGAGCCAGGGCAUGUGUUUUGCCUGUCUUUUAAUAGGGCACAUGAGUUCUGUUUGUCCAAGUCGUCAGACAUGUAGACUGUGUAAAAAAUCUCACCCAAGUGUUUUACAUUAUGACAGGAAAGACAAGGUAUCGAAAGAGGUAGAAAAGCCCUCUAGAGAAGUAAGCAGUGCAGGAGCAGAGCUAUGUGGCCAUAUAGGGGCCGGGGACCAAGAGAGUGUUCUGUCCAUUGUCCCAGUCAAAGUUAAGGCAGGGAAGGGCAGCCAGGUCCUCUCAGUUUAUGCACUCCUUGACCCUGGAUCCUCCGCUAGCUUCUGUUCUGAACAGCUUAUGUCCCAGUUGAACAUAAAGGGAGUAAAGACCCAUAUCCUACUAAGGACCAUGAAUCAGAAAAGGUCUGUCCCAACUCACAUGGUAGCUGGGCUGGAAGUUUCUGCACUGGACAGCAAUCAUUUCCUACCUCUUCCUGUUGUCUUCACACAGAAAGAAAUGCCAGUCACUACAAGCAGCAUCCCCAAACAGGAAGACAUAGCCCCAUGGCCAUAUUUAGGCAACAUUAUACUCCCGAGCAUCAGUUCAAAGGUGGAGCUGUUGAUAGGCACAAAUGCUCCAAGACUGUUAGAGCCAUGGGAGGUUAUAAAUAGCCAUGGUGGGGGUCCACAUGCAGUGAGAACGCUAUUGGGAUGGGUGGUUAACGGGCCAUUUAGAGGUCAGAAGAGACAGGCAGUGAGUGCAACUGUGAACAGUAUUUCAGUUGCAAAUCUGGAGGAGCUUUUAAUUUCCCAGUAUAACCUGGAGUUCAGUGAGGUAAUGUCAGAGGAAAAGACUAAGCUGUCAGUAGAAGACAAACAGUUUUUAGAGAUAGCCAAUGAGGCAGUGCUACAGGACGGACACUACAGCCUGAAAUUACCCUUCAGAAAGCCCACGGUCAACCUGCCCAACAACCGCCCAAGUGCCGAACAGUGCCUCCAAAGCCUGAAAAGAAAAAUGGAAAGGAACCAGCAACUCAAACAGGAGUGUGUUGCAUCUCUCAAUGACAUUCUGGAAAGCCACUAUGCUGAGAAGGUGCCAGAGCAGGAGCUCAGCCAGACACAGGUUUGGUACAUACCACACCACAGAGUGUACCACCCCAAAAAGAAGAAACUCAGGGUGGUUUUUGACUGUGCAGCCACCUACAAAGGUGUAUCCCUCAAAACAAAGCUGUCUCAAUGGAGGUAUGUAGGCAGUAAGGACAAUCCAGCUGACGAUGCCUCCAGAGGGCUGAGUACCAGCAGAUUGAUGCAGCAAAGGAGAUGGAUACAUGCCCCUGACUUUUUAUGGAAAGCAGAGGAAAGUUGGCCUGCACGGGAAGCAUUGGGCUCCAAGUCAGUGUUACCGGAUGACCCAGAAGUCAGAAAGAACACUACUAUCUUCACUACAGUGGUAAACACUGAAACCCCCACAAGCCAGCUGCUUUCCUCCUUUUCAAACUCUAAAAGGCUCCUUAGAGCAGUGGCAUGGUAUCUGAAGAUGAAGAACACUCUAAGCUUGCUUGCUAAAAGGAAAAAGGAACUCCUCUCAGGUCAAACUGCCACCCGUUCACACAGCUACAACGUGAACAAGGAACUCAAAACUUUCAGGUCCACACUUGGUGGACAGCGCCUCACAGUGGAAGAUGUCUCGCAGGCCGAAAAGUCAGUGAUCAUCCAUGUCCAAAGACAAUCAUUCCCUGUGGAGAUGGCAACACUCAAAACGGCUUCAUCUAGUGUUCGUAAGAGCAGCAACAUCAGCAGGUUAGAUCCCAUGCUAGAUGAAGGCAUGUUAAGGGUAGGGGGUAGGUUGCAUAGAUCUGCAAUGCCUGAGGAAGCCAAGCACCCCUGUAUCCUCCCCAAAGAUGCUCAUAUCUCAACUCUCAUCCUGAGACACAUUCACGAACACACUGGACACAGUGGUAGGAACCACAUGCUUUCUGAGCUCCGAAAGAAAUACUGGGUGGUAAAGGGAAACUCCGCAGCCAGAAAGGUGAUUUCAAAGUGUGUUGUGUGUCGACGUGUGAGAGGAAAAACAGGAGAGCAAAAAAUGGCAAGUUUACCCCAAGAGAGAAUCCUCCCUGACCUCCCUCCCUUUACUAAUGUCGGGUUAGACUACUUUGGCCCAAUCACAGUUAAAAGAGGGAGGAGCCUAGUCAAAAGGUAUGGGGCCCUCUUUACCUGUAUGAGCAGUAGAGCGGUGCAUUUGGAGGUAGCCUACACACUAGAUACUGACUCAUGCAUCCAUGCUAUAAGGAGGUUUGUCUGUAGGAGAGGACAAGUUAAGCACAUUCGAUCCGACAAUGGCACUAACCUGGUGGGAGCUCAAGCUGAGCUCAAAAAGGCCCUGAGUUCACUAGAUGACCGGAAAAUCCAAGGCUCCCUUCUCUCUGAGGGAAUUCAGUGGACAUUCAAUCCACCCGCAGCCUCCCACCACGGUGGAGUCUGGGAGAGGCUCAUCAGGUCUGUCAGACAGGUACUCAACUCUACUCUCCACCAACAAAUCAUUGAUGAUGAGGGCCUGCACACCAUCUUUUGCGAGGCAGAGGCAAUCCUCAACAGUCGUCCCCUCUCCACAGUCUCCCCAGAUCCACAGGACUUAGAGCCGCUGACCCCAAACCACAUUCUCCUUUUAAAAACUCAACCCAUCAUUCCCCCUGGCACCUUCGAGAAAAGGGAUCUCUACGCCAGGCGCCGCUGGAAACAGGAAAGACAGAAAUGGACCCAAGUGAGGAACAACCUGCAGCCAGGAGAUGUGGUCCUGGUGGUCGACCCCACAGCCCCACGGGGCUCCUGGCCAUUGGGCAGAAUACUGGAGACUCGGCCAGAUGGAGGAGGCCUGGUCCGGUCAGUCAAGCUCCAAACAAAGACUUCAGUCAUCGAAAGGCCUAUCACCAAGCUGUGCCGCGUCCUGGAGGCUGAGGGCUGACUGGUCAGUCAUGGAGACCAGACCACAAGACACGCACAAGGGACGUAAUGUAUAUACUUUAUUUUCUCUCAAGGCUUUGCCUUUUGUUUGUUUAUUAUGGAAUAGGCUCCUUUUUUUUUGCAUUAAAUUAAUGAAUGUGAUUGAGUCUGUAAAGAUCAAUCAGGGGCCGGUGUGUAGGAGCCAAAUAGAGAGCCAUACUUGAAUCUAUGUUUAUAUUGUUAUUUUUGAGUGAUUGAUUUGUGUAUGUCAGUGUGCACCGUUUGCAGGUGGUGAAAAGUUCCCACGCAGGCCUAUAAGGGGCAGGAGUGCGCUGGGCGCGUGAUUGACAGUCGGGCACCAGCAUACCGUCUUUGACCUCACCUGUCUGUAGACCUCACCUGUCUGUAGACCUCAGCUUUAUAUAAGCUACCAUUUAUUUUGUUUCCCGACUAUUCUGUUACUUGAUUAUUGUAAAUAAAACAAUCUUCAAUUGCGCUGCUGGAUCAGUUUGAAUUAGUGGAUGGAAAGCGGGAAAAGGAAGAAUACGUGACAA